CCGUAGAGCAAGAGGUGUUGCAGUUGCAGUGGCAAUGGCAAUGGCAAUGGCGAUGAAGCUACGUUUCCUCCCCAGCUAUGAGCAUCGUUUUAUGAGUACACCACCACCAUCAUCAAAACCAUGGUGUUUUUCUCCGACGAAGUUAAUGAUCAAAAUCAAAAGUCAAACUCAGAGCUUACAAUUCAAAGCUUCAUCCAAGAAAAACCGACGUCCGGAGAACGUCGAUGGAGAGUUCUUCGUUGAUCAUACAUGCAUUGAUUGUGAUACCUGUCGAUGGAUGGCCCCGGAAGUUUUCACUCGUGUUGAUGGCAUGUCUGUUGUUUCAAAGCAGCCAAGUUGUCAAGAUGAACACCUUAAGGCUCUUCAGGCUUUACUUUCAUGUCCAACGAGCUCAAUUCAUACGGAGAAACCUGCUCACAAUAUUUUAGAAGUUCAAAAAACAUUUCCGAUACCCAUUGAUGUGGAGAGAAUUCCGGGGGUGUAUCAUUGUGGUUAUCACUCAGAGAAAUCAUAUGGAGCAGCAUCCUAUUUGAUUGUUCAUCCUGAAGGGAACAUUCUUAUUGACAGUCCUAGGUACACAGAAAGGCUGGCUUGCAACAUCGAGAAUAUGGGUGGAGCUCGAUACAUGUUUCUCACACACAGGGAUGAUGUUGCAGAUCACCAAAAGUGGUCAGAGCGGUUAAGUUGUGAAAGAAUUCUUCACUCCACUGAAGUAGAAGCUUCGACCAACAAUGUAGAGACAAAGCUGAACGGAUGUGGACCAUGGAGUCUUAAUGAUGAUAUUCAGAUUAUACAUACCCCAGGCCACACAGAAGGGUCGGUCUGCUUGCUUUACAAGCCCUUAAAAGUGCUUUUCACGGGAGAUCAUCUGGCAAUUGGGGAAUCUGGGCUGGACAUUUUUGUGCAGUACAAUUUUUGUUCAGUGUCUCAACAGUUGGAUAGUGUCGCUAUGUUGCUUGAGCUGGAGUUCGAGUGGAUGAUACCAGGCCAUGGAAGGAAAGCUGUAUACAAGGAUGUUGAAGAGAAGAACUCCAGCAUAAAAGCUUUCUUGGCUGCUAAGCAGCAUACUGGUUAUUUCUAGUGUCUUCAAGAGAUCAAGGAGGCCAUGGGAUGAAAUAAUUAUAUUCCCUUUGAUAUAAUAAUAAACCAUACAAAACAUAUUCGGUAACUCCCACUCGAAAGUAAGAUUUGAAAGAAGAUAUACGCAGAAAUUUCCUUGAUAUUGAUAUGGUAAGUAAAAGGAUUUUAAAGUCUAAGGGGUUGUUUACCGAACGCGUUCUAGAUUAGAGUUUACAGGCGGGAGUCACAACCCUUCUUAUUUUAUCAGGUAACAUUCUCAGCUAUCAAAAUAGAUAUUGGUAAACAUCAAGCCCUUAUAGGGUAAGAGUCAUUUCCCUC